AUGAAGACAGGCGUCAGCAUUGCUGCACUCAGCACCACUAUUGCUAACAUUUCGCUUGCAAUGGCACAAAACAUGUCCUAUGGGGCCGACAACUGGUAUCACAGUGAUAAUGUGACCGUUCAGCCGAUCACUUUCCUGACCCAAUUUCGAACUUCUGUCGCGGGAAAUACUUUCUUUCCCAACAAUCUUGCUCGCAGCAACCAGACCGCCAGUGCGCCGGCCAUUGUCGUCGGUCAUCCUAUGGGCGCAGUAAAGGAACAGAGUUCCAACCUCUAUGCCACGAAGAUGGCUGAGCAGGGCUUUGUGACUGUCUCGCUCGAUCUUCCAUUCUGGGGCUCUAGCGAGGGUGAGCCAAUGAACACUGUAGCGCCAGAAUCCUACGCUGAGGCUUUCAGCGCGGCGGUGGAUUAUCUGGGUACACAGGGCUUAGUUAAUCGCGAGCGGAUCGGCGCGAUUGGUAUCUGUGGCAGCGGUUCGUUCGUUAUCAGCACCGCCAAAAUCGAUUCUCGCAUCAAGGCUAUUGCCACAUCAAGCAUGUACGACAUGGGCUCACGCUGGGCCGAGGUUGACGGGGCAGAAGUCGCAGUCACUGGCGGCACACCCAACGUGCUCACCAAUGAGUCAACUCCCAUUGACCGCGAGUUUUACGACUACUAUCGCACCUCUCGUGGUAAGUUCACCCCGCCCACGACAACGCCAAACCUCACCACCCAUCCCACUGUUGCAAGCCAAACCAAGUUCUUGAACUUCUAUCCCUUCAACGACAUCGAGACCAUCUCCCCACGCCCGAUGCUCUUCAUUUCCGGUGACCAGGCACACUCCCGUGAGUUCAGUGACGAUGCCUAUUCGCGUGCUGGCUCGCCAAAGGAGUUAGUCUGGAUUCCGGGCGCAGGUCACGUCGAUCUUUACGACCGCGUUGAGCUAAUUCCCUUCGCCAAGCUUAUCCAAUUUUUCCAGCAAAAUCUUGCCGCCAACUGA